UGCUCCCUGCCGCACAAGGGACAGGGCUAUAGAGGGAAGGGGCAGCCGCCUCCUCUCCUCCUUGUUAGCGCGCAGCGCAGGUGGCGGCGGCGGCACUAUGGCGGCCGAGGAUGGUGACGGCGAAGGGGUCCGAGUGCUCCAGAACCUGCGGGGGAAGAUCUGUGAAGCCAAAAAUUUAGUGCCAUACUCUGGACCCAACAAAAUGAGAGACUGUUUCUGUACCAUAAACUUGGACCAAGAAGAAGUUUUUCGUACACAGGUGGUUGAAAAGUCUUUAAGUCCUUUCUUUGGCGAAGAGUUUUACUUCGAGAUUCCAAGAACAUUCCAGUGUUUGUCCUUCUAUAUUUAUGAUAAGAGCGUUUUACAAAGAGACCUGCGUAUAGGAAAGGUAGCAAUCAAAAAAGAGGACUUAUGCAAAUAUACCAGCAAAGAGACAUGGUUUUUGCUUCAGCCUGUUGAUUCUAAUUCAGAGGUCCAGGGAAAAGUUCACCUUGAAUUAAAACUGAAUGAACUGAUAACAGAUAAUGGAUCUGUGUGCCAGCAACUAGUAGUACACAUAAAGGAAUGCCAUGGGUUGCCUCUUGUAAAUGGACAGAAUUGUGACCCUUAUGCAACGGUGUCUCUUAUGGGUCCUUCUAGGAAUGACCAAAAGAAGACAAAAGUAAAGAAGAAAACGAGCAAUCCACAGUUUAAUGAAACAUUUUAUUUUGAGGUAACCAGGUCCAGUAGUUAUACCAAAAAGUCCCAGUUUCAGGUAGAAGAGGAGGACAUAGAGAAGCUGGAAGUCAGGAUUGACCUAUGGAACAAUGGAAACCUGGUGCAAGAUGUCUUCCUAGGAGAAAUUAAGGUUCCAGUGAAAGUGUUAGGAAAUGAUUCCUUCCAAGCAUGGUACUUACUACAACCAAGAGAAAAUGGAAACAAACCCUCUAAAACUGAUGAUCUGGGAUCACUUAGACUAAAUGUUUGUUAUACUGAAGACUAUGUACUUCCAUCUGAGUACUAUGCUUCUUUAAGAAAUUUGCUGCUAAAAUCACCAGAUGUUCAGCCAGUCUCUGCUUCUGCUGCCUACAUUCUGGGUGAAGUGUGUCGAGAUAAAUAUGAUGCUGUUUUGCCUCUUGUAAGACUAUUGCUGCACCAUCAAAAGAUAGUACCAUUUGUUACUGCAGUGGCCGAACUAGACUUGAAAGACACUCAAGAAGUAAACACAAUCUUCAGAGGAAACACCUUAGCUACUCGAUGUCUAGAUGAGAUGAUGAAAAUAGUGGGAAAGCACUACUUAAAAGUUACUUUAAAGCCAGUCCUAGAUGAGAUAUGCGAGUCCCCUAAACCCUGUGAAAUUGAUCCCAUCAAAUUAAAAGAAGGCGAUAACGUAGAAGUUCACAAGGAAAAUCUACGUUACUAUGUCGAUAAAGUAUUCAGUACAAUUGUACAGUCAAGUAUAAGUUGCCCUACCUUAAUGUGUGAUGUGUUUUAUUCUUUGAGACACCUGGCUGCCAAAAGAUUUCCAAAUGACCCUCAUGUACAGUAUUCUGCAGUGAGCAGCUUUGUGUUUCUUCGUUUCUUUGCUGUCGCUGUAGUCUCACCUCAUACUUUUCAUUUACGACCUCAUCAUCCAGAUGCACAAACUUCUAGAACGUUAACUCUUAUAUCAAAAACCAUCCAAACUUUGGGGAGCUGGGGAAGUUUGUCCAAAAGCAAGCUUUCAAGUUUCAAGGAGACAUUUAUGUGUGAGUUUUUCAAAAUGUUUCAAGAAGAAAAGUUUACAGAAGCUGUUCAAAAGUUUUUAGAUGAAGUGUCAUCUACUGAAAGUAAAGAGCCCAGUGGCAUGAGUGAACCAGUACAUCUAAAAGAAGGUGAAAUGUAUAAAAGAGCUCAGGGAAGAACUCGGAUUGGAAAAAAGAAUUUCAAGAAACGAUGGUUCUGCCUAACAAGCAGAGAGCUCACUUAUCACAAACAACGAGACAAAGAACCAAUUUACAACAUUCCAAUCAAAAACAUCCUCACUGUGGAGAAGCUUGAGGAGAGCGCCUUCAAUAGGAAAAAUAUGUUUCAAGUGAUUUAUGGAGAGAAGCCACUCUAUAUCCAGGCAAAUAACUGUGUGGAAGCUAGUGAGUGGAUAGAAGCUCUCUGCAGGGUAAGCAGGUGUAACCAGAAGAGACUGAGUGUUUAUCAUCCCUCCGCUUUUCUGAAUGGGAACUGGCUUUGCUGCAAGGCCACCACUGAGAAUACAAAGGGCUGCACUCCAUGCACUGCAGGUGUUCCUGCUGAUAUUCAAAUUGAGAUUGAUGGGGAUAGAGAAACCGAAAGAAUUUACUCACUUUUUGCUAUCAACAUGCCUAAACUACAAAAGAUGGAAGAGGCUUGUGGAAGUAUUGCAGUCUAUCAAGGUCCACAGAAAGAACUAGACGACUAUUCUAAUUUCACAAUUGAGGACUCUGUAGCAACUUUCCAAACUCUUCAACAAAUAAUAGCCAUAGUAGAAAAGCUGAAUGAGCCUCAUGAAAAAUAUCGGAAGAAAAGAUCAUCAAGUGCUAAAUACGGCAGUGAGAAUAAGCUUUCUAAAGGAGGAAAAUCAACACCAACUAUUGACUGGAUUACACCUCUCAAUAUACUGGACUCACAUUUAAUCCACCAUCAGUGCCUGCUGUGCCGAAAGUCUUGCAGUGGAAAUCCCAACAUAUGA